GUUUACACUUGUUAGCUAUGGCUCCCAGGGAAUCUUUCUAUGAGGCAAGCUCAGGCAGAAGUGGUUGGAGUUUGUGAUUCCCAGCAGGAGAAAAAUAUUUGAAUCUGUCUGGUUGCAAUUGAAGGAAAGAUGAAUGCGUCCAAGUACAGAGAUUUCCUUUAAGAAAAAUGCUAAUACAAAGAAGUCUCAGGUCCCCUUUAACAAGUCUUUGACUUCUGUUCAAGUCAUAUGUUUUCUCUUUUUGCUGUUUGUAACCAAACCCUCCUGCCCCUGAAUCAUAAGUGGUACGGUCCUGCCAUAAAGCAGGGAGGGGUCUAAACAAGCAACUCCAUGCCGUUCUAGCUGCUAGCUAAAUAACUAUAUACAGUACUACCAACGCAAACCUAAAAUGAGCCCGGUCUAAUCUGUGACAUCAUCAUUGAAUCAUAAUCACAUUGCGUCCUUAAGGUGUUCUCAAUCUGGAGAGGGGGAUCAAGGGAUUUGUGUUAAAAUGUGAAUGAGCAAUCUAAAUAUAUGAAUAAUAAUAACAACACAGUAGAGGAGGAUCAUUUCAGUUGGUGGGGGGUAAAUUCAAUUUAGAUGAUUGUUUGGGGGGGGCACGUGUGCAACCACUCGGUGAUGAAUACUCUUAAACGCGCUGACCUGUUAAAAGUAGCACAUGUGCACCCCUACUGGGGUGGGGGGGUCCUCUUUUAAAUCUUUGGCAUUUUGUUUGUGGUAAGAAAACCAAACAGUUUGCCGAGAUAAGAACCUCACAAUUCACUAGGGCUGCGUUAAUGGUGCUAACUAGUGUAUUUCAUUAAUAACGUUACAUUUUUAACGCUCACAAUUACGAGUACGCCUGAACACCUCACGGCGCAAACACAACAGAGCAAAAUGCUAAAAGGAGACAGCAUGACGUUGUUUAAGGUCAUGGGGGUAUGCUGGAGCCUAUCCCAGCCGCACAUGUCCACAUUAUAAAACGGCCUAUUGUGAGCUCAUGAGCUACAAAAAAAACAAGACAAACUUGUCAACCCAUUAUUACUUUAACAGUCUGAGACACUGUGUCGCUAAAAUCAUCACGCAGCAACCUAACACUCAAAAGGUAGGUAAGAAAUAUACAUGUACCAAUACGUGUUUAAAAUAACUAGUUUCCCAUGAUGCAUUUCAUCCCAGUAAAGUCUUUCAUUCAAUUUCAGAGCUGAUCAGACCCUGCUCCUCCCCCCCCCCCCCCAUGUUUUUUUAAGUGUGCCGAAGGAGGGGGUACGUCACUUUGUAACUCUUAAUGUGCAAUUCGCUACAUUUAUAUGCAUGUAUGUAUACAGUCAGGCCGAGCCCCCAUCCUGAAAGAGCCACCGGCAUGGCUGUAAAUGGCCCUUUAACCCCCCCCCAGAUGUUUCUAAUUGCAAAACACCUUCCGGCGUUGUUGAGUUGUCUCUGCCAUUUGCAGUCUCUAUCCUUGCUCUUUAAAAAAAAUCAUAAUAAUCUUUUGGAAAUGAUCCAAAAUUAGAUGAGAUAAAGUCCAAUUUCAAUACACUGUUAUUAAAUGUCCUGAUAACCUCCUCGCUGCCCCCCCUCCCACCCUAAAAUGUACAUGCUUAUCCCUGCGUGAAGCAUAUGAUUUUGAGUGGAGUAAUUUAGCAGAUGAGCGGCGGGCCAUUGUUACUGGGAUAAUCUAGCUCUUGCUGCUCAGAUAGGUUAACAUGCAGCGGAUUAGGGCGGCUUACCCCCCCAACCACACCAGACAACACUUGCCCUAACGCCACCGGCCCAAACACCCCCUCCCCUGCUCUUUUCACUCACUAAUGUCGCCCCACCUUUGCCUCCUUUUUAAUUUACUUUCCACCGCCUGCUGUCUCGCAUCUGCUUCAUCCGCCUCCUUUCACGCAUGUCUGUUUUUAUUUUGAUUAAAACUACCAAAAGGCUUCUUUCAAACGCCAUAAAAUUGUAUGCAGGGAUACAGGAGGAGUGCGCUACUCGUGGCAACCAGCAGAGGGACUUGAGUCUGUCUCAGCUAGUUUGUGAUUUGAUUUUGUUUUAAAAAAUUAAUACAGUAAUACAAAAAGAUCAACCCCAAAUUGUCCAUAGGUAUGAAUGUGGGUGGGAAUGCUUGUUUGUCUAUAUGUGCCCUGGGAUUGGCUGGCCACCAGUCCAGGGUGGACCCCGCCUCUCACCCAAAGUCUGGAAUAGGCUCCAGCAUAUCCGCGACCCUUGUUAUUGUUACAAAUAAUACAGGCACUACAAUACAGCACACUACAAUUAAUGCUAAUCGGUAUUUAUAGUCCAAUUGUAGUAAUUCUACCUUGCUUGCGUCCACACGCCAGAUGCGUGUUUUUGUUUUGUUGAACUGUUUAUCUCAGCCGUGCUAUUAAUUAAAAUGUCAAACAUGACAUGUGCUGGCAUGACAACAAAAUAACACACCAUGGCUCGCAACAUCGUGGCCCCACAUCUGGCCCAGCUGCGUUGAUGUCAGCUUAGACGCGAGACUUACUCGUGGAAUUAUCCGAUUAUCUUGUUUGUUCAUUUAGCAGGAAGGUGUUGGUCUUUAUGCACAUCUGUGUUUGGCCUGUUUGCAGCCAAAAAUUCAUUUAUAGCGGUUAAUUGUUUUCAGACUCUGGUCGUGAAAAAUGAAUUUCAAUGUUCAACUAGCGAGCUGACCAGUUAGCCUGAAAUGUAUUUCUUGUAAACCGAAGGGUUUCAAACGGAGUGCAGAAGCCACAAACUUACCACUUCCAAAAAAAAAGGACUUUAUGGUCAGGACCUCAGAGGGAUAAUUAUUGAGAGUGGAGUGCAAGUCAGUGUUAUCAUCCUGUAUUCUGUUGAUAUCAUGUGUAUUACCUUGAUUUCAUUGUGUAUUACCUUGAUAUCAUCCUCUAGUACCUUGAUAUCAUCGUACAUUACCUUGAUAUCAUCCUGUAGUACCUUGAUAUCAUCGUACAUUACCUUGAUAUCAUCCUGUAGUACCUUGAUAUUAAUACACUGUGCUGUAUUUUCCUCCCUUAGUUGUUUGACUGCAUCAUGGAUCUCAGAGAGGUUCCUCUUGAAGCUGUCAUUCUGUGAUUGUGCAUUUCCGGUCUGUGUUUGCAGGCCUCUAGUUCUUGCCUUCUUAGUGCUACAGUUUGUUUCUACAGGCUUAUUUCAUUACAGCCUUCAAGGCGCCAUAGAAUAUCAAAUCCUUCUCAUUCAACAGCAUAUUUUGCCCCAUUUCUGAUCAUGGAGCCUCAUUUCAAAGGCCAGUAUUGUUGCUAGACAGCCGCUUAGAGCUUCAGCAGUUAGCCAGUUAGCUUGGCUUGCUUUCGGCUGUCAGCACUUGUAACUCGUUUAUAUUAAGAAAUGUGUACCUCUCUCCGAUCCCGAGUUCAACUUGAGGGUGUCAACAAGCUCUCCUGAUCUUGUGUUCUCAGGAAAGGGCCAAAAUAUUUGAAAACUGCAUCCAUGAGCAUCCUUUCUGGUCAACAACCAAACUCUUUAACACUUAAUGUAAGAAACAGUACAACAAACAGUACUUCCGGGUUAGAUGCUAAGCUAACCAAAUGCUUGGUCAGUAUAAUGAAGACACACACAGGAGUCCAAACAAUGUGGAGAAAAGAUGUCCUCCUCUUUGGCCAUUGUGCCACAAACUUCUCCUGCACAGCGAGGAGCACAAAAGUACAACAAAGAGCCAGGAAGUAAUUAGCGGCUUAACGAAGACGAGUAGGAGGAGCUCUGGAGGGCGAGGGGGGUUAAAGUUUGGGGCCUUAAAAGAUCAGUGUUAAAUUGUCAGAGGUCAGCGGAGGGGUUAAUUAUGUGCUGGGCUCUUUGUGUCGUCAGGAUAAUCGCACGCUGGGUUUUGUGUGUCCUCACCAACAUCUUCACCCAUCCAACCCCCCCACCCCCCUCACACUUAUUGUCCCACCUGUGAAAGGAGAUGUAGCAGAAUUGACUUAAUUGUCGCCAUCUCAGCCUCUCUUAAUGACACAACGCACACACACACACACACACACACACACACACACACACACACACACACACACACACACACACACUUUGAGAGUGAGUACUUCCUGCUCACAAUCUGAGGAAUGUCUUUUCAACUUGGAGGAGCUCUGGCCGUGACUGUCGCUUCCAUUGGGGCGUUGGUCAACAUCAGUAAGCAAAUAGCUUCAUUGGCUACCUCAAAUUGUCCAUAGGUGUGAAUGUGGGUGGGAAUGGUUGUUUGUCUAUAUGUGCCCUGGUGUACCCCGCCUCUCACCCGAAGACAGCUGGGAUAGGCUCCAGCAUACCCCCGCAACCCUAAGCGGCAUCUUACCGAUAUUGUCCAGCACUUCCAAUACCGAUAUGGGCAGUAGCUCUUCCCUCAAAAUAAUGUUGGGUUCUUUUACUGUGAUGCAUUUCACAAAUAAAGCCAACACAACACUGCGAUAUGCAGUGUGGGUUACACAGAAAGUAUAUUUAUUUGAAGUAUAUGCUGAUAAAUGCCUUUAAACGCCGAUAACCUGUAGCGUGUACUAUUGCAGCCUGUAGAGAUCCCUGUGUGCGUUUAGUGGCGCCCUCAUCACAUCUCCCAUCACACAGGUCUGCUAUGUGGUGGUCUGCUAUGUGGUGGUCUGCUAUGUGGUGGUCUGCUAACACAUGCCAUUGAAAAUAUAUUGUGGAUGUAGCAUGUUGAAAAGUUGUCAUUUAGGACCGCAUUUGAAGAAAAAACUUGACGUGACACUUGAACACGCCAUGGAAAUUUCAAAGAAAAUUUUACAAGAAUAAUGUUGAUGUCAGUCCCGCCUCAAAAUAAGCAGUACUUCAACAUCAAGUUUUGCUCCUACUAUCUCGUUUUGAGCUAUUUUAUGUUUACAUGCCUAACAUCAUGUACACUAACCCAAUCAUUGAGUCUACAUGUGGACAGCAGCAAAGGAUGAAGAGACGGGCGAUAAGUGUGAUAAUCUUCAUUUAUUCAAUUGUGUCCUCCCUGCCCCCCCAUGCAUAAAAAAGUGGCACACUCCAAAGCAUAUGGCCCCCACCCAGCAACAUGUGUUAAUGUUGAUUGAAUAAUGCUCUGCUAUUAGACUAAUGCCACACUUUCAUCUUGCCACAGAACAGUAAGCGGUGCGGCUUAGCAGGCAGUUUUACCAAUAUUAGGGAACACGGAAAUGUGAUUAGAUCGGUGGUUUGCAUUUUUUUUUCCGUCAUGACCCCCCCGGGGGCAGAAAUGUUUCCCCGAUUUGAAAUACUAUUAAGAAACUGAUGAUAUGGAUUUAUUUCUGUGUAGUGUACAGACUGAACUGGAGUACCAUCGAUACGACAGGUCUGUACUAACCCUAACCCAUAGUGAAAGUCAACAAAUAGUCUACAGCUAUCAAUCUACUGUAGACUAUUUGUUUACUGGCAAUCUGUCAUGUUCUAUGCUUCUUGCCUAGAGCGACCAAACCCUCCAGUUUCACUGCCCUUACAACUCAUUUCCACAUAAAAAUGCAAUAUUCUUUCACGCUAAAGUUGAAGCUAUGCAAUCAUUUCCACAACACUAAUAACUAUUUUGCACCCAGCUAGAAAUCUGCAGUUGACACAUUUCACACGAGGGGUGGGCAAAACCCUUCAUUUCACUGAACCGGAUCAUUCCGGUUUAUUCAGUAAAAAGAUCCGUUCAUUUCGGUCAAUUUGUGGUUUGCCUGUGAUCUCCGCCUGUGCAUAGACCCGGUCAGCCGUGUCGAGUCAGUCCGUUCACUCAUGUUCACGUUUGUUCCGACUCAACUGUCGGUCAUGAACAAACAGCCGACGAGUGUCGGUCAAUCUCGGCCUCGGUCUUUCAGUCUGCUAACGCCACCCAACCACAGACCGAGGCGCAAAACUGAAUUGUCUUUGACGAUCACCCAUCUUGAGUCUUUUUCUCUGAAAGCUAAAAAUCAGGUUAGAAAUCCAUGAUCUUAACGGGAAGGUAAACGGGAGUGUAAAUGUGACUAUAGGGGUGUUAUUUCAUGUCAGAGGGCUCCAAUCAUGUCUCAAGGUAAAUGUCCAAAUAGGAAGUAUUCCGAUACGUUGUACUCUUUACAUUUGUGUUGUCACAGCCUGAAUGCUCCACUUUUUGACUUCAGUUGGAAAGUGGCCCCGGUCCAAAGCAGCCCCGCUGUGAGAUGCCCAUCCCUCCCUGUGUUUGAUGGACAGCAUCUCCAUGACAACCGUCACCAGCCCCUGUCCGAACCAAUCAGGACCAAGGGCUGGGGUCCCUCCCUGACUCCAGGGUGAGCUCAAGAGUCCGGACUGAAGCAGACCUCGUCCAUACGGUUCCCUGCUGGCUCUCCGUGCGGCUCCUCAUGGUGUUCAGGUCUCCUCUCGACUUUUUCUCCGCGUCUCGCCUCCUCCUGCCUCGCCUGGCGGACCAUGGCUCACCUGGACGCUCCCCGGAUGACGCCUCCGCCUCCUGCGCGCCCCUGUCCCUGCCCGGCUUGUACUUCUCCGCCGCGCAGAUCGCCGGCGUGUGCGAGACCCUGGAGGAGACCGGUGACAUCGAGCGUCUAGCCCGCUUCCUCUGGUCCCUCCCGAUGACAGCGGACGGCCGGGACUCCAUCUCGGAGAACGAAUCCGUGCAGCGGGCCCGAGCUGUGGUGGCCUACCACAGCGGCAGCUUCCGGGAGCUCUACCGCAUCCUGGAGACGCACCGCUUCACCAGAGCCUCGCACGGCAAGCUGCAGGCCAUGUGGCUCGAAGCGCACUACCGGGAGGCGGAGAAGCUUCGAGGGCGGCCCCUGGGUCCCGUGGACAAGUACCGCGUCAGGAAGAAGUUCCCCCUGCCCAGGACCAUCUGGGACGGGGAGCAGAAGACGCACUGCUUCAAAGAGCGUACGCGCGGCUUGCUCAGAGAGUGGUACCUGCAGGACCCCUAUCCGAAUCCCGGCAAGAAGCGGGAGCUGGCCCACGCCACCGGGCUGACACCCACGCAAGUAGGUAACUGGUUCAAGAACCGGAGACAGAGGGACCGAGCUGCAGCAGCCAAAAACAGGUUGCAGCACCACCGCCUGUGUUCCAAUGGCACUCAUCAUCCACUGAGCGGGGGCGGCUGCAGUCCAGACUUGAACGUGACCCGAGCGGACGGCGAAACGCUUCUCUCAGUAACAGACAGUGACUCUGACUUGGAGGUGUGAGACUUUCUUUUUUUUUUUUUUUUAAGGACCUUGAAGACCCUUUUGUGGUCCAACGUGCAGAUGGGAGCAUGCCUGCAAGAAAUAUUCCUGGCAAUAAUGUCAGAUAUUCCCACAUCGUACACGUUUCUUAGCUUUUGAUGAUGACUUUUUGGAUUUGUGGACACAUCAAGCUGUGGACCCUCCAUUAAGGACUGAAAAGUACCCCUUUGAGCUAUGCAGCACAACUAUGUCAUGUCUGUUGUAUGAGCACGCUCCCUAUGAGUAGCCACACUUCCAUCACCGACAAUCAAUACGCACUAAAACCUUCCUGCCUGUCUGAUUUCUUUCUUUCUUUUCACUCCUUUUAAGAGUUGGCUGCUUUUAUCUGAAGUUCACAUCCAAAUGCUGUCUUCUUGUAUCGCUGAAGGAAAUGUUUGGGUAUUUUAUAUAAAUAAUAGUAUAGUAUUAUAAUAGUAUUUGACAUAUGACCAGUGACAUUAUUUUGACUACUAAAAAAAAGCAAAAAUGGAUGAAAAAAAACAUCUAAAAAAAUUGAAUAAAGUCAAAAUAUUAAAAGAAAAAAAGUUGUCAUCUUAUGAGAAAUAGUCAUAUUUUUACAAAAAUAAGCCAAAAAUCAGUAUGCGGAACUUGCUGUUGUGACUCAGGAAAAAGCCA